UGAACCUGGAACCAAGAUACAAACUACAAGACUGUCCGCACAAUGAAGCAGACUGCUGUGAAUAUUAAUAAACUAAUAAUAGAACAGCCACAACUUCCUGUGUAAAAACCUAUUUCUUCUUUCCUCUACCCAGUCCUGUAGAGUCUUCACCAUAGUAGUCAGAACUUCCUGUCUAGCUUACUGCUCUACUGCACAAGCUAUGGAGACAGACAGUAUUUACACUGGGCUGCAGAAACCUUCUGAGGAUGUCUACUCAACAGUAAACCAGCCCCAGGGCAGGAGAGCAGGAGAACAACAUGGGGUCCCCCCCGUCGAGCCCACUUCUCAGUCCAGGGUCACCAUUGCUCUGGGGGUCACAGUGGGGGUCUUGCUCUUGGCAAUGAUCGUCAUGGGGACAGCAAUAGGUCUACAAGUGCAUCACAAUCACAGCAGCUCCCAGUCGACCAGUCCAGCCUGUCUGGAGAAUUACAACGAUGUCAUCACCAGAGAGCUCAGCAAGUAUAAGAAGGGCCUCAGGCAGAGACUAUGUGGAGAUCCUAACACUGGCAAGGAAGUGGAGUCGUGUGCAGUCUGUCUGGAUGGAUGGAGGAAGGGAUACAAUGGAAGCUGUUAUUUCUUAUCCACUGAACGGAGCUCCUGGGACUUUGCUAACAAGUCCUGUUCCAAACUCGGGGCUCAUCUUGCUGUGAUUGAGAACAAGGAGGAGCUGGACACCAUAGACAGAGCUAUACCAUCUAACAGCAUUUACUGGAUUGGACUGCGUAGAAAAGAUCCUCACUGGCUUUGGGUUGAUGGCACUCAGCUUGAUGAGAAGAUUUCAGUUUCCACACAACACAGAGAGUAUCAUUGUGCCUCUGUGUAUGGAAGUCAUGUAUACGCACAGUCGUGUAACAGAGAUUAUCCCUGGAUCUGUGAGCAGGAUGCUGUGCGCUUCUGAGUGAAUCCACAGACUCUUCACUUGAGGAACAGAGAAGAUCUCAUUGCAGAGCCUGAGUAUGAAUGUUAUGAAUCCGCUGAGCAAUUCGCUGCACUUCUACAGCUCCAUUGAAGAGGAAACACAGAAAAUUAGCAGCAGGGUUUAGAACAGGGUUUCCUUUUUAAAAAGCAAAUCUUGACGUAACCGCUGUGCAAAUGGUGUUAGUUUUUUUAGAUU